AUGGACCUUUCAAUAGCAGAGUACUGGAGCCACGGCGAAACUUCCACGCGGAAAAAGCCGACACGAACGCAUGUUAGGCCGGCGCAGUUGGGGUUCAAUUCUGCACAAUGCGUGAACCGAGUCACGCGAUGCUCUAAUAAAGGGCCUUCGGGCGACCGAACAAAUGAGCUGCCUCUACUACGAGCAUGGCCAUUUGUGCAACAGAAGCAGCUGCUGCGUUGUACCACGAAAAACCACGACGGUGUCACUUUCCCUUAUGUCAAAUCAACUAAUGCUUAUGGUCUAGCAGAGUCGCGCGAAACGAAUUUAAUUACAUCAGUCAUAGUCGAGAGCCCGGUGCCGGGUGCACGUUGGAUCGCCAGUCACGUCCCGCCCGGGAUUGUUCCGGCCCCGGUGAUCCAAGCCGCCAAC